AUGAUCGAUAGCUCCAAGAAGCGGCAACAGGGCUUCCCAGACAUCCUCACUGCUCAAGAUUUCGAACCCUUAAAAGAGAAGGAAUGCCUUGAGGGGAGCAACCAGAAAAGUCUGAAGGAAGUGCUCCAGCUGAGGCUGCAACAGAGGAGGACGAGAGAACAGCUCGUGGACCAAGGCAUCAUGCCACCUUUGAAGAGCCCAGCGGUGUUCCACGAACAGAUAAAAAGCUUGGAACGAGCCAGGACCGAGAACUUUUUGAAGCACAAGAUUCGGAGCCGCCCGGAUCGUUCUGAACUUGUGAGGAUGCACAUCCUAGAAGAAACAUUUGCAGAGCCAUCCUUGCAGGCUACUCAGAUGAAGUUGAAAAGAGCGCGACUGGCCGAUGAUCUGAACGAAAAGAUUGCUCAGAGACCUGGUCCCAUGGAGCUGGUGGAGAAGAACAUCCUUCCUGUAGACUCCAGCGUGAAGGAAGCAAUUAUAGGCGUUGGAAAAGAGGACUAUCCGCCGACUCAGGGUGACUUCUCAUUUGAUGAAGAUAGCAGUGACGCUCUGUCUCCAGACCAGCCAGCCAGCCAGGAGUCACAUGGCUCAGCCGCGUCCCCGAGCGAGCCGAAAGUUAGUGAAUCGCCAUCUCCUGUGACUACAAACACUCCAGCCCAGUUUACGUCAGCGUCCCCGGCAGUUCCUGAAUUCUUGAAAACUCCUGCUGCAGAUCAGCCUCCCACAGGGUCCACGGCGCCCGCCCUCCCCACAAACACCGUGUCCUCCACAAAGCCUGGGCCAGCACUGGUGAAGCAAAGCCAUCCCAAGAAUCCAAACGAGAAACACCGUAGCAAAAAGUGCAAAGACCCCAAACCACGGGUGAAGAAGCUGAAGUACCACCAGUACAUUCCACCAGAUCAGAAGGGUGAGAAGAACGAGCCGCAGAUGGACUCCAACUACGCCCGCCUGCUCCAGCAGCAGCAGCUGUUCCUGCAGCUGCAGAUCCUGAGCCAGCAGCAGCAGCACUACAACUACCAAGCCAUCCUGCCUGCACCACUCAAGCCUCUCAAUGACAAAAAUAACAACAGUGGGAAUUCAGCUUUGACCAGUAAUACGCCCAGCACACCAAGACCGAGCACAUCUGUCCCUGUGAGGAAGCCGGGGCCUCUGCCUUCCAGCUUGGAUGACUUGAAGGUAUCGGAACUGAAGACCGAGCUGAAGCUAAGGGGUCUGCCGGUGUCGGGCACCAAACCCGACCUCAUCGAACGCCUGAAACCCUACCAGGAAAUGAACAGCGGUGUUGCUGCUGGCAGUAUGGUGGCAGUAUCCACCCCCGCCGUCAUCACCAGUAACCCAGAGGUCACCGUGGCCUUGCCGGUUACGACUCUCCAUAACUCUGUGACGAGCUCGGUCUCCACACUCAAGGCAGAGUUGCCCUCUGCCGGAAGCAGCAACGCCGCCCACGUGGAGAGUGCUAGCUCCCCUCUGCCCAUCUCACCGUCCCCCUCGGAGCAGUCCAGUCUCAGCACUGACGACCCGAGCGUGGCAGACACGUUCACCGAGAUCAUGACCAUGAUGUCUCCGUCCCAGUUCUUGUGCUCAUCUCCUUUGCGAGUGACGAACCCUGAGGACAGCUUAAGUCCUGCCAGCAGCACUCUGUCCAGCCUGGAACUAGACGCCGCUGAGAAGGACCGCAAGCUUCAGGAGAAAGAGAAGCAGAUCGAGGAGCUCAAGAGGAAACUGGAACAAGAGCAGAAGCUCGUAGAAGUGCUGAAGAUGCAGCUGGAGGUGGGAAAGCGAAGCCAGCAGCAGCCACAGCGGCCACCGGAAGCCCAGCCCAGUGCGCCAGUCAACCCUGCUGGCAAACACGGCAGCGUGAGUUCUGCCGUCAAAGACGAGGCCUCCCUCCCUGACUGCUCUGGCUCCAGGCAGCCCAUCCCGGUCACCAGCCAUGCUGUGGGCCAGCCCAUCUCUACGGGCGGCCAGACCCUUGUUGCCCCGAAGGCUGUGGUUAUCAAGCAAGAGGCCCCCGUGGCCCCAGCGGAGCAGCAGAACCUCGUCUCACAGUUUUACACUCCAGCACAAGCAGGAAUCCAGCCUCAGCCUCCAGUGGCCACUGCUGCCCAGAUCCCAGCGACGGCCCUGUCCUCAGGCGUGGCCCAGCCUGCCCCUCAGCAGCAGGACACAUUCCCGCGGCACGGGCUCAGCCAGCCUCAGCAAGUCAGGAAGGUUUUCACAAACGCGGCACCAGCUACAGUUCUCCCGUACCAGAGACAGCCUGCGCCAGCAGCCCAACAGCCUUUUAUCAGUAAGACACCCGGCAGCCUUCUGCAAUCCAGAAACCCACCUCUUCCGCCAGUGCAGAACGGACCCCACACGCCCAGCAAGCCCAGCUCACCCCCGCCGCCUCAGCCGUUUGUUGUCCAGCACUCCCUGUUCAGUAGCCCAGUCACCAAGACGAAAGAUCCGCCCCGCUAUGAGGAGGCCGUCAGACAGACUCGCAGCACACAAUCCUCCCUCCCAGAGAUCUCCAACGCACAUAGUCAGCAGAUGGACGACCUCUUUGACAUCCUUAUUAAGAGUGGAGAGAUUUCUCUCCCUAUAAAAGAAGAACCUUCUCCUAUUUCCAAAAUGAGACCAGUGACAGCCAGUAUCACCACAAUGCCAGUCAAUACCGUGGUGUCUCGGCCACCACCCCAAGUCCAGAUGGCACCACCUGUAUCCUUAGAACCUAUGAGCAGUUUAUCCUCCAGUUUAGAGAACCAACUCGAAGCCUUCCUGGAUGGCACUCUACCUCCAGCCAGUGAGGUGGCGCCACUGCCAGGCAGCAUUGAGGACAGAGAGCCCUUCUCUCUGAUCGGGGACCUCCACAAUGACCUGCUGAGCCGCACCAGCGUGCUGGGCCACUCGCACUCGCCCAUGGAGACUUCCGAGGCCCCGUUUGCUGCCAGUACGCCCUGUCUGUCCCUUGAUCUUUCUGACACAAACUUGGACAACAUGGAGUGGUUAGACAUCACGCUGCCCGCCACGUCUUCAGGCCUCACCCCCCUCAGCACCACGGCUCCAAGUAUGUUUUCUGCUGACUUCCUAGACCCACAAGACCUGCCGCUGCCCUGGGACUAA